AUGCCUAAUAUUGAAAACUUAGAAAAAAAACCUUUUAUAAAUAGCCGUGAUAACCUAUUAAAUGUCCGUCGCGGAGAAAUCCUCUACCGGGAAGAUCUGACCACUGGAUUUGUUUUUGUCGUUGUGGGAACUACUAUCUCCUUGGCUGUCGCCGGAACUAUUUACGUAGUUGGAAUAAGCAUAGCUUAUUUUGUCGACCAAACUGGCAUUGUCCAAAAAUUAUCCACUAAACUAUUUACUAAAAAAGAGGA